CUGGAGGAGACAGCCCACAGAGAAAAGUCCCAGGAAAUGAGUUCCGGUUGAUGGUGGGAGGGGCAGCUGAUUUCCGGUCGAAGCGCAGGCGACGACUCUUGCGCAAGCGCGCUUCGCACAUUGCUGGCCCCUUUUUUUUUCUUUCCCCUCCCCCUCCCUCUCCCAAGCCGGAGGGGUCCUGAGGUGACAGCGCCUGCAACUGAAAUUUCAGCAGCGGGAGAAGAUGGACAAGAGAAAGCUCGGGCGACGGCCUGCUUCAUCCGAAAUCACCACAGAAGGAAAAAGGAAAAAGUCAUCUUCUGAUUUAUCGGAGAUAAGAAAGAUGUUAAAUGCAAAACCAGAGGAUGUCCAUGUUCAAUCACCACUGUCCAAAUUCAGAAGCUCAGAAUGCUGGAAUCACCCUUUGCAGGGGUGGGAAAGAAGCCUAAGGAAUAAAGUCAUCUCUCUAGACCAUAAAAAUAAAAAACAUAUCCGAGGGUGUCCUGUCGCUUCCAAGUCUUCACCAGAAAGGCAACUCAAAGUUAUGUUGACGAAUGUCCUAUGGACGGAUUUAGGACGAAAAUUCAGAAAGACCCUACCUAGAAACGAUGCUAAUUUAUGUGAUGCCAACAAGGUGCAAUCAGACUCAUUGCCUUCGACAUCUGUUGACAGCCUAGAGACAUGUCAAAAAUUAGAACCUCUUCACCAAAGCCUUAUUUUAUCUGAAAGGAUACCCAGAGUUAUAUUGACGAAUGUCCUGGGAACGGAGUUAGGAAGAAAAUACAUAAGGACCCCACCUGUAACCGAGGGAAGUUUGAGUGAUACAGACAACUUGCAAUCAGAGCAACUUUCUUCAUCAUCUGAUGGCAGCCUAGAAUCUUAUCAAAGUUUAAACCCUCACAAGAGCUGUUAUUUAUCUGAAAGGGGCUCACAACGAAGUAAGACAGUAGAUGACAAUUCUGUGAAGCAGGCUGCGCACAAUAAAGAAAAACGAAGAAAGGAUGAUGACAUUUCUCUUUUAAUGUCCGAUACUCAGCCCAAAGACCUUAACAGUGGAAGUAGAGGUUGUGAUCAUCUCGAACAGGAAAGCAGAAACAAGGCUGUUAAAUAUUCUGAUUCAAAAAUGGAACCCACUCUGAUUUCCAGGAAGACAAAGAGAAGGCUUAGAAAUAAUUUACCUGAUUCUCAAAAUUGUGCUUCUUUGGAUAAGUCAACAGAACAGACAAAAAAACAAGAAGAUGACUCAACAAUAUCCACUGAGUUUGAAAAGUCAAGUGAAAACUGUCGUCAGGAUCUAAAACUACCUGAAGAAAUUACAACUAAACCUACAAAAAGUGAUUUUACUAAACUAUCCUCAUUUAACAGUCAGGAGUUGACUUUGAGUAACACCACCAAAAGUGCCUCUGCCUGUUCAACCACUGAAACUGUUGAGAACUCUAAUUCCAUUGAUACUGUGGGGAUUUCUUCCCUGGUUGAGAAGGAUGAGAAUGAGUUGAAUACAAUAGAAAAGCCUGUUCUAAGAGGACAUAAUGAAGGGAACCAGUCAUUGAUCUCAGCUGAACCAAUUGUUGUUUCCAGUGAUGAAGAAGGACCUGUUGAGCAUAAAAGUUCAGAAAUUCUUAAGUUACAAUCUAAGCAAGACCAUGAGACAACUAAUGAAAAUGAGAGUAUUUCUGAAUCAGCAUUGUCAGAACUACCGUUGAUUUCACGUGAAUCUGUACAGAUGUCAUCUGAAUUAUGCCCGUAUAAUCCUGUCAUGGAAAACAUUUCCAGUAUUAUGCCUAGUAAUGAGAUGGAUCUACAACUGGAUUUUAUAUUUACUUCUGUUUAUAUUGGUAAAAUUAAAGGAGCUUCUAAAGGUUGUGUUACAAUCACAAAAAAAUAUAUUAAGAUCCCAUUUCAAGUGUCGCUGAAUGAGAUUUCAUUGCUAGUGGAUACCACACAUUUAAAGCGGUUUGGGUUAUGGAAAAGUAAGGAUGAUAAUCACAGUAAAAGGAGUCAUGCUAUUCUUUUUUUCUGGGUCUCUUCGGAUUAUCUUCAAGAGAUUCAGACCCAAUUAGAACACUCUGUAUUAAGCCAGCAAUCAAAAUCUAGUGAAUUCAUUUUCCUUGAACUACACAAUCCUGUUUCACAAAGAGAAGAAUUGAAGCUGAAAGAUAUUAUGACGGAAAUAAGUAUAAUCAGUGGAGAAUUAGAACUUUCUUAUCCAUUGUCUUGGGUUCAGGCAUUUCCUUUGUUUCAGAACCUCUCUUCAAAAGAAAGUUCUUUUAUUCAUUAUUACUGUGCUUCAACUUACUCUUUCCCUGCUGGUGUUGCUGUUGCUGAAGAAAUGAAGCUGAAAUCAGUAUCUCAGCCCUCAAACACAGAUGCAGCCAAGCCUACUUACACCUUCCUGCAGAAGCAAAGUAGUGGUUGCUACUCCCUUUCUAUUACAUCUAAUCCAGAUGAAGAAUGGCGAGAAGUCAGGCACACUGGACCUGUUCAGAAGUUGAUUGUAUAUCCUCCACCACCUACUAAGGGGGGAUUAGGAGUAACUAAUGAAGAUCUGGAGUGUUUAGAAGAAGGAGAGUUUCUUAAUGAUGUAAUCAUUGAUUUUUACCUUAAGUAUCUUAUAUUGGAGAAGGCAUCAGAUGAACUUGUUGAACGAAGUCACAUUUUUAGUAGCUUUUUCUAUAAAUGCUUGACAAGAAAGGAAAAUAAUUUAACAGAAGAUAAUCCAAAUCUUUCAAUGGCACAGAGAAGACAUAAAAGAGUAAGAACAUGGACUCGUCACAUAAACAUUUUUAAUAAAGAUUACAUCUUUGUACCUGUAAAUGAGUCGUCUCACUGGUAUCUCGCAGUCAUUUGUUUUCCCUGGUUAGAAGAAGCUGUGUAUGAAGAUUUUCCACAAACUGUAUCCCAGCAGUCCCAGGCUCAGCAGUCCCAAAAUGACGACAAAACAAUAGAUAAUGAUCUACAUACUACUUCAACACUGUCUUUGAGUGCAGAGGAUUCCCAAAAUACCGAGUCGAAUAUGUCAGUACCAAAGAAAAUGUGUAAAAGGCCAUGUAUUCUUAUACUAGACUCCUUGAAAGCUGCUUCUGUACAAAACACAGUUCAGAAUUUAAGAGAGUAUUUAGAGGUCGAGUGGGAAGUUAAACUAAAAACUCAUCGUCAAUUCAGCAAAACAAACAUGGUGGAUCUAUGCCCUAAAGUUCCUAAACAGGACAAUAGCAGUGAUUGUGGAGUAUAUUUAUUACAAUAUGUGGAAAGCUUCUUCAAGGAUCCUAUUGUUAAUUUUGAACUUCCAAUUCAUUUGGAGAAAUGGUUUCCUCGUCAUGUAAUAAAGACCAAACGGGAAGAUAUUCGAGAGCUCAUCUUGAAACUUCAUUUACAGCAACAGAAGGGCAGCAGUAGCUAGUUAAUCUGUACAAACAUGACACAGAUGUUCUCUAAGAUUACUGGAAAGCCUCUUACCAGCAUUUGUGUUAGCCAGCUCACAGAGAAGAAAAUAACUUGCAGUAGUUUUAUAAUAAGUCAUUGGAACAUUAUUUAAAAUACAUAGGAUAUAUUAUUAGAAUUGUUGGGAUCUUAUAAAUGGAGUGGGAAUGGGGGUGAUAAAGAUAAAC